CGGCGGGGCGACCCCCCCCUCCGGACCCCGCCCGCACCCCGCACCCCCUCCGCCGCCGCCGCGGCGGCGGGGCCCCUCGGCCCGAGCUGUGCAGUGGGAGGCCCUCGUGCAUGAAGACAGAUCUGUUCUAUGGCCUCGGAGCUGGGUGCCGGGGACGAUGGCAGCUGCACUGAGCUGGCAAAGCCCCUCUAUCUUCAGUACUUGGAGAGGGCCUUGCGGUUGGACCAUUUUCUGCGACAAACAUCAGCCAUCUUCAACAGGAAUAUUUCUAGUGAUGACAGUGAAGAUGGACUGGAUGACAAUAAUCCCUUAUUGCCUGAGUCUGGGGAUCCCUUAAUACAAGUCAAAGAAGAACCUCCAAAUUCAUUGCUUGGUGAAACUUGUGGGGCAAGCAGUUCAGAAUUGUUGAACCCGUACUCUCUGAACGGCGUUCUACAGUCAGAAUCAAAAUCUGACAAGGGGAAUUUAUAUAACUUCUCUAAAUUGAAGAAAAGCAGAAAAUGGCUAAAGAGCAUUCUUUUAAGUGAUGAGUCCAGUGAGGCAGAUUCUCAGAGUGAAGACAAUGAUGAUGAAGAAGAAGAACUCAAUCUCAGCAGAGAGGAGCUGCACAACAUGCUUCGAUUACACAAAUAUAAGAAACUUCACCAAAAUAAAUAUAGUAAAGAUAAGGAGUUGCAGCAGUACCAGUACUACAGUGCAGGCCUGCUCUCUACACACGACCCUUUCUAUGAGCAGCAGCGUCACUUACUUGGACCCAAAAAAAAGAAAUUCAAGGAAGACAAGAAGCUUAAAGCCAAGUUGAAAAAAGUGAAGAAAAAAAGACGCCGUGAUGAAGAGUUUUCCUCGGAAGAGUCCCCACGUCACCACCAUCAUCAGACCAAAGUCUUUGCUAAGUUUUCUCAUGAUGCACCUCCCCCUGGCACCAAGAAGAAACACUUAUCCAUUGAGCAGCUUAAUGCUCGGCGAAGGAAGGUGUGGCUCAGCAUUGUGAAAAAGGAACUACCAAAGGCCAACAAGCAGAAGUCUUCAGCUCGAAACUUAUUUCUCACCAAUAGCCGAAAGCUUGCACACCAGUGCAUGAAGGAGGUGCGCCGAGCAGCCUUGCAAGCGCAGAAGAACUGUAAGGAGACCCUGCCGCGGGCCCGCCGCCUAACCAAGGAGAUGCUUCUGUACUGGAAGAAGUAUGAGAAGGUGGAGAAAGAGCACCGGAAGCGAGCAGAGAAGGAAGCUUUGGAGCAGCGGAAGCUGGACGAGGAAAUGCGGGAGGCCAAAAGGCAACAGCGAAAACUCAACUUCUUAAUCACCCAGACAGAGUUGUAUGCUCAUUUCAUGAGUCGAAAACGUGAUAUGGGUCAUGAUGGAAUCCAGGAAGAGAUCUUAAGGAAACUGGAAGAUAGUUCUACCCAGAGACAGAUUGACAUUGGUGGCGGAGUAGUGGUUAACAUCACCCAGGAAGACUAUGAUAGUAACCACUUUAAAGCCCAGGCCCUGAAGAAUGCUGAAAAUGCUUACCAUAUUCACCAAGCUCGAACAAGGUCAUUUGAUGAAGAUGCAAAAGAAAGUCGGGCAGCUGCCCUCAGGGCAGCAGACAAGUCUGGUUCUGGGUUUGGGGAGAGUUACAGCUUAGCAAAUCCAUCUAUUCGGGCUGGUGAGGAUAUUCCACAACCCACAAUUUUCAAUGGCAAAUUGAAAGGUUACCAGCUGAAAGGCAUGAACUGGUUAGCCAAUCUCUAUGAACAGGGUAUUAAUGGAAUUCUUGCUGAUGAAAUGGGUCUUGGUAAAACUGUACAGAGCAUUGCCCUCCUGGCCCAUCUGGCUGAGAGAGAAAAUAUUUGGGGACCUUUUUUAAUAAUUUCACCUGCUUCUACACUUAAUAAUUGGCACCAGGAGUUUACAAGAUUUGUUCCUAAAUUUAAGGUGCUACCGUAUUGGGGCAAUCCUCAUGAUAGGAAAGUCAUCCGAAGAUUCUGGAGCCAGAAGACCUUGUACACUCAGGAUGCCCCCUUCCACGUGGUUAUCACUAGCUACCAGCUGGUGGUACAGGAUGUCAAGUAUUUCCAGCGGGUCAAAUGGCAGUACAUGGUACUGGAUGAAGCUCAGGCACUGAAGAGCAGUUCCAGUGUUCGUUGGAAAAUUCUCUUACAAUUCCAGUGUCGGAAUCGGCUUUUGUUAACUGGAACUCCCAUUCAGAAUACCAUGGCAGAGCUCUGGGCUCUGCUACAUUUCAUUAUGCCAACAUUAUUUGACUCGCAUGAAGAAUUUAAUGAAUGGUUUUCCAAAGACAUUGAAAGUCAUGCUGAAAACAAGUCUGCUAUUGAUGAGAAUCAACUCUCUCGCUUACACAUGAUCUUGAAACCAUUUAUGCUGAGAAGAAUAAAAAAAGAUGUAGAAAAUGAAUUGUCUGACAAGAUUGAGAUUCUAAUGUACUGCCAGUUGACCAGCCGACAAAAGCUCUUAUAUCAGGCACUAAAGAAUAAAAUUUCCAUUGAGGACUUGCUACAAUCUUCAAUGGGCUCUACCCAACAAGCACAGAACACCACCAGCAGCCUCAUGAAUCUAGUAAUGCAGUUCAGGAAGGUGUGUAACCACCCAGAGUUAUUUGAACGGCAAGAAACUUGGUCUCCAUUUCAUAUUUCCUUAAAGCCAUAUGAAAUUUCAAAGUUUAUUUAUCGUCAUGGACAGAUCAGGGUCUUCAACCAUUCACGAGAUAGGUGGUUGAAGGUUCUUCUUUCUCCAUUUGCACCAGAUUAUAUCCAGCAGUCUCUCUUCCACAGAAAAGGUAUUAAUGAAGGAAGCUGUUUUUCUUUCCUUCGGUUUAUCGAUGUAUCGCCAGCAGAAAUGGCAAACAUCAUGCUUCAGGGACUUUUGGCCAGGUGGUUAGCUCUUUUCCUGUCUCUGAAAGCCUCCUACAGGCUCCAUCAGCUGCGCUCUUGGGGAGAGCCAGAUGGGGAGAGCCACCAGAGAUAUCUGAGAAAUAAGGAUUUUCUUCUUGGAGUUGAUUUUCCACUUUCCUUCCCCAACCUUUGCAGCUGCCCUUUGUUAAAGUCUCUUGUUUUCAGCAGCCACUGUAAAGCAGUGAGUGGCUACUCAGACCAGGUCGUCCAUCAACGGAGAUCAGCUACCUCCUCACUUCGUUGCUGCCUCCUCACUGAGCUGCCAUCUUUUUUGUGUGUGGCCAGUCCACGAGUCACCGCAGUGCCGUUGGAUUCCUACUGUAAUGAUAGAAGUGCAGAGUAUGAGAGAGGAGUUCUGAAGGAAGGAGGGAGUCUCGCUGCCAAGCAGUGUUUGUUGAAUGGGGCUCCUGAGCUGGCUACAGAUUGGCUGAACCGCAGGUCCCAGUUCUUCCCAGAGCCAGCUGGAGGGCUGUGGAGUAUCAGGCCCCAGAACGGCUGGUCGUUCAUCAGAAUUCCAGGCAAGGAGAGCCUCAUCACUGACAGUGGAAAGCUGUAUGCCCUUGAUGUCCUGUUGACUCGGCUCAAGUCUCAAGGACAUAGGGUCCUUAUCUACUCUCAGAUGACCAGGAUGAUAGACCUGCUGGAGGAAUACAUGGUUUACAGGAAGCAUACCUACAUGAGGCUAGAUGGCUCAUCCAAGAUCUCAGAGAGACGGGACAUGGUUGCUGAUUUUCAGACCAGGAAUGACAUCUUCGUGUUUCUGUUAAGCACACGAGCUGGAGGACUAGGUAUCAACCUGACAGCUGCAGAUACAGUGAUUUUCUACGAUAGUGACUGGAACCCUACCGUAGAUCAGCAGGCCAUGGAUAGGGCCCACCGCCUGGGCCAGACAAAGCAGGUCACUGUGUACCGGCUUAUCUGUAAGGGCACAAUUGAGGAGCGCAUUCUGCAGAGAGCCAAGGAAAAGAGUGAGAUUCAGCGCAUGGUGAUUUCUGGUGGGAACUUCAAACCAGAUACCUUGAAACCCAAAGAAGUGGUUAGCCUUCUCCUAGACGAUGAAGAGCUGGAGAAGAAACUGAGACUACGGCAGGAAGAGAAACGGCAACAGGAGGAAACCAACCGAGUAAAGGAACGCAAGCGCAAGAGGGAGAAGUAUGCAGAGAAGAAGAAAAAGGAAGAUGAAUUGGAUGGGAAAAGGAGAAAAGAGGGUGUGAACCUCGUGAUCCCAUUUGUCCCUUCUGCGGAUAACUCCAACCUCUCUGCUGAUGGGGAGGACUCCUUCAUAAGUGUUGAUUCAGCCAUGCCCAGCCCUUUCAGUGAGAUCUCCAUCAGCAGCGAGCUCCACACUGGCUCCAUUCCCCCUGAUGAGAGCAGCAGUGAUAUGUUGGUCAUCGUGGAUGACCCGGCCUCCUCAGCUCCUCAGUCUAGAGCCACCAACUCUCCUGCGUCCAUAACAGGCUCUGUCUCGGACACUGUGAAUGGAAUUUCCAUUCAGGAAGUGCCAGCUGCAGGCCGAGGUCACUCAGCUCGAAGCCGAGGCCGCCCCAAGGGUUCAGGAAGCACAGCCAAAGGAGCCGCAGGGAAAGGCCGGAGCCGCAAGUCCACUGCAGGCAGUGCUGCUGCCAUGGCAGGAGCCAAAGCAGGCGCUGCAGCAGCUUCUGCAGCGGCAUACGCUGCGUACGGGUACAAUGUGUCUAAAGGAAUCUCCGCAAGCAGUCCUCUGCAGACAUCCAUUGUCCGACCUGCUGGCCUUGCAGACUUUGGACCUUCAAGCACCUCUUCUCCCUUAAGUUCCUCUCUGAACAAAGGAAAUAAUAUUUCUGGGACUCCUAAGAGCCUCCACAUGACCAGCAGCCUAGCCUCAGACUCCUUGAUCAGGAAGCAGGGCAAAGGCACCACCAACUCCUCUGGAGGACGGUAACCAUCUCUGCCCUCUAGCUUCCUUCAACCAAACCGGGGGCUGUAGUCCUGGGCCGUAGGUAGUCUUUGGAUGGCUUGCCUGGUGUGGCAUCUUGCAUCCUAUUUGGAGAGUGGAAAGGACCAGUUGCAGCAGGAGAGGACAGACAGGUGGUUGGUGUGAGCACUUUAUCACCUGUUUCCAAAGGAGUAUCCUGGAUUCAGCUCUACAACAUCUUAGAUGGACUCUGCAGCAGAGUCUUGACCUCUAUCUGGGGAAGGGCCUUACAUAGUCCCUUUAGAUGCUCAGGCACACUGUCUCCAUCCCCAUCCCACUCUUCAGCUCUGACCAUGUCCCUCAUGAAGGCUCCUGGGUGCUGUGAACAGCCUUCCAUAAUGGAGACUUCUCUAAAGGAUGUGACAUCCUACAGGGCUAGGACGAGAACAAAUGAUUCCCUGGUCUCCAUAGCCUGGAGCGCUCCUGGGUCUCAAGACCCCAUUUGCCACAUCGCUGA